UAGACUUUUAUUUGGGCUUACAUUAAAUUUUAUUGGUUUUAUUAAAACUUGGGUUGAUUGGAUAGUUCUUUGCUGUGUUAGCCCAUGUUGUUGGUGAUCAAUUGUUAAUGGGCUUAGCAUCUGUGAGUAAAGUCUAGGUGAAGCAGAAGUGUGGGCUUUUCUAGUUGACUGAAGCCUUUGAUGAGCAGGCCCAGCCCAACUAGGGUUUUGUAGCUAAGUCCCCUCCCUAACUCUAUAAAUACAUAUUGUCUCAUCACAAUUGUAUACCUUUUGAUAAUCAGAGAAAAUAAACUGCUUCUGAUUUAGAGAUCUAGGGAGGAAGACUUAGUUGAUAGUAUUGCACUAUCAAAUUGGAGUAACUGCUGUGGAUCAAUCAGAGAUAAUUGCUAUGGAUCAAUCAGUCUCCUUUUCUGUGAACAACAAUAAUGCUUCCAUCCAUAUUUUGAAUGCUUCCAACUACAAGACAUGGAAACGAGAUGUGGAAUUUACUUUAGGCAUAAUGGAUAUGGACUUGUGCCUACGAGAAGAAAAACCUGCUGAUCUUACUGACUCCAGUACAGCUGCCGAGAGAACUCAUCAUGCACAAUGGGAAAAGUCAAGUCGUCUCAGUCUUCUUACUAUGAAAAGAUCCAUUCCUGAACAUCUAUUGAGUGGUUUGCCAGACACUACAAAUGCCAAAGAGUUUUUCAAUGCUGUAGAAAAAUUAUACGACACUGGAGAAAACGCUGAAGCUGGACAUCUUAUGGAUGAAAUGACAACCAUUAAGUAUGAUGAAUUAAAAGGAGUGCGAGAUUUUAUUCUGAAAUUGGUGAAUGUUCAGUCCAAGUUAAAAGAUCAUAAUAUUCCUCUUCCUGACUCUUUCAUUAUUCAUCGAGCUCUUCAUGCUCUUCCUGCCUCUUUCAGCCUAAUCAAGACAAACUUACAACACUUACAAUCAAACAUGGACUAUCGGCGACCUAAUUUCUCGGCACGAGUUGUCUCAAAUCCUUAUGCCAUUUCAGAAAGAUAUGUUCAACCAGGUUCCUCUUCAAUCUAUUCAUCUUCUGCUCUAGGUCGUGGUUCCUCUUCUACUCCCCCUACUGUCCCUCUAGGAACACGACUUGUGUGUCAGCUGUGUUCUCGAGUUGGUCAUCUUACUUCCCUAUGUUAUCAACGGCUCAAUAUGAAUUUUUUUGAUGUAGGUGCUGCUAAUGUGAACACUCAGUUAUUGCUUCUAGUGUUACUGAUGAAGCAUGGUAUCCUAAUUUCGGUGCCACUACGCACUGUAGUAGGGGACAGUGGCGAUGGACAAAAGAGGGCAGUGAUAGCGGUGAUUCUCAUAUCCAUUUUUUUGAAACCUGAAGCUGAUUCCAAAAAUAUCGAUCCAAAACUGACGGGAAUAAAAGUUUUUGUAAUAGCGCCCCCACGCACUAGAACCAAAUAA